GGCGGCGCGGGGCGGGCCGCACGCGUCCCCGGCCGCCCCCCGCGCGCGCGUGGCCGGGCCCAGAGAAGCCCCGGCGCGGGGAGCGCCGGCCCGGCGCGGGCGAGGGCGAUGUCGCGGUGACGGCCCCGCCAUGGCGAAGCCCCCGGCGGCGGUGGCGGCGGCGGCUGCAGCGGCGGCGUCGGAGGAGCUGAGCCAGGUGCCGGACGAAGAACUGCUGCGCUGGAGCAAGGAGGAGCUGGCGCGGCGGCUGCGGCGCGCCGAGGGCGAGAAGGUGGGCCUCAUGCUGGAGCACGGCGGCCUGAUGCGCGACGUGAACCGGCGGCUGCAGCAGCACCUGCUGGAGAUCCGCGGCCUCAAGGACGUGAACCAGCGGCUGCAGGACGACAAUCAGGAGCUGCGCGAGCUCUGCUGUUUCCUGGACGACGACCGGCAGAAGGGGCGCAAGCUGGCGCGCGAGUGGCAGCGCUUUGGGCGCCACGCGGCCGGCGCUGUGUGGCACGAGGUGGCCCGCUCGCAGCAGAAGCUGCGGGAGCUCGAGGCGCGCCAGGAGGCCCUGCUUCGCGAGAACCUGGAGCUGAAGGAGCUGGUGCUGUUGCUGGACGAGGAGCGCGCGGCUCUGGCGGCGGCGGGGGGCGCUGGCGGCGGCGGCGGCGCGGGUUCCCGCAGCUCCAUAGACAGCCAGGCUAGCCUAAGCGGGCCGCUGGCGGGCAGCGCGGCGGGCUCAGGGGCCCGCGACGUUGGCGACGGCAGCAGUACGUCCAGUGCGGGCAGCGGCGGCAGCCCGGAUCACCAUCACCACGUCCCACCCGCGCUGCUGCCCCCCGGGCCGCACAAGGGUCCAGACGGCAAGGCCGGAGCCACGCACCGGUCUCUGGAUGACCUGUCGGCGCCGCCGCACCACCGAAGCAUCCCUAACGGCCUGCACGAUCCCUCCUCCACCUACAUCAGGCCACUGGAAACCAAGGUGAAGCUGUUGGAGGGUGACAAGCUCCCCCCACAGCAGGCAGGCUCUGGAGAGUUCCGGACUCUGCGGAAAGGCUUCUCUCCAUACCACUCAGAAUCUCAGCUUUCAUCCCUGCCGCCCUCCUACCAGGAAGUCCUGCAGAACGGCCCUGCCUGCCCUGUACCUGAGCUGCCCUCACCCCCUUCCACUGUCUACAGUUCUGCAGGACAGAAGCCCGAGGCUGUUGUGCAUGCCAUGAAGGUUCUAGAAGUACACGAGAACCUUGACCGGCAGCUUCAGGACAGCUGUGAGGAAGACCUGAGUGAGAAGGAGAAGGCCAUCGUUCGAGAGAUGUGCAACGUGGUCUGGAGGAAACUGGGAGAUGCCGCCAGCACCAAGCCCUCCAUCCGGCAGCACCUGUCUGGUAACCAGUUCAAGGGGCCUUUGUAGGGCCAUUCCUCCAUGGAUGUGGACUGGCCCUGCCUAGAGUCUGAGGCCCUAGACCUGGUAGAAACUCUGGCCCAGCCACUGUCUUUCUCUGUGGUGAAUUGUACAUAGGACAUGGCCUACCUGGCUGCCCUGGUGUGACACUGACAGCCAGGCCUCCACCUCCUGCCUCCCUCACCAGCAAACCUUGGGAAGAUGAGAAGCCACAGGCUGUUUGCUGCAGCAGAGUGGUCAGGCAGCCUGGCUCCCUGUUUGAGCUCCGUGUUCCACUCGCAAGAAGCUUCUGAGACUCCAGGCCCGGGACUGUCUGGGGCUGUCCUGCUCUUGGUGGAUGCCCCUCAUCAAGCCUUCUACCCUGGCUGUCCCUCACACUGACAGAAGCCACCAGAGCUUGAAUUGUGACACAGGUGGCACUUUUCUGCCACCCUGCCAUAGCCAGGACCCUGGGUUGUGGAGCACUGGGUCCCAUGUGUCCAUGGUUGGCUGGGAGCUCAGGGUUCCGUGCUACUUGGGGGUCGGUACCUCGCCAUCCCGGUGCCAGCUGCUGCUUAUUAGCACUCACCCCCUCAGCAGUGUCUCCCUGCCCAUGCCAGGCGUAGCCAUCUCUUAGAUCUCUCCUUCAAGUUUCAUUUUCUGGUUUACAGCAACAUAGGAAGUCCUGGAGAGUGUCUAGGAUGAGCUCAGCAUCCUCUCUGGAUAGGAAGAACUGGGCCAUGGCCUGGGUCACUGUCGGUGUAGCCUCCCCCGGAUGCACCCUGGGUCACUAUGGCUGGAGCUGCAGGAGCUGCCCCUGAUGAGUUUUCCUUGGGAAGGAAGGGGCACGACCUGGUUCUGGCUUUAAUUUACUUGUGUGGCCUUCAGAAAGUCACUCAGCUUCUCCAGGCGCCUAGUGAGAAGAUGGGCUGAGGUUCCAUUUCAGUCUGCUCAGUGGGCUUCUGUCCUCUCUCACAGCUGACGAGCUCAUGUGCGACCUACUGGGAACAUGUUAGGUGGGCAGAACAGUGGCUAGCUGUCUCCGCACAGGUCACCUCUCUGAGCCUCAGCCCCUCCCUACAGGGACCCCGGGGGUUCAAAUAAGCGUGUCAGUGCACACGAUCAUGCCUAAACGGCGAAGCAUGACAGAUAGGGAUGGUUUCUACCUUGGUGUGAGGAAAAUGAGGAAGUGGUGCUUUUGCGAACUAUAUAGAUAUCUCAAGACCUGCAGGAGGACCAGGCCCUCCCUGCUGCUGGCAUCAUCCGUGCCAGGUAUUUACUUCCUCACUCAAUGGUACUUUCGAGCCCCAUACAGCAAGCACUUGAGCCCAAAGAGCUUGUUUGUCCUCGCCUCAGGCAGUUCUCCUUCAGGCCCCAGCCACACCCUGUGAGCUAAGGGGACCUGCUAAGAAGGUGGUAGCAUCUUACUUCCCUCCCAACCAAGGCCUCAUGACCCCUUGGGCUGUUCCCACCACCUCUGUUGCCCGCACCCUUGGGUCCCACGCUCUCAGGGGAAAGGCCCAUGGCCUUCGGUGUGCCCAGGGAGUGUUGUGCAAGGGCAGUAGGGAACAGGUCUACUGCUCUGGCUGUGGGGCACUGGGAAGCUCUUUCUAGAAAUGCUGAUGUCUGGUCAAGUGUUUAACUUGUUGGUACCCACCUGCUAGCCCUGGUACUGGGUGAUUCCUGUUAAGUAGGUUGCUGGGCAGGCAAGACCCUUACAGGUUCUUUGAGGCCAAGGAAUCCCAGAAUAACGCAGAGGUAUAUGGGUCCACACAAGGUGGGAGCCUCAUCCAGGAGUCCCAGGAAAUCACAUUUGUAUCAGGAUGGCUUAGCCACCACUGACAUAAGCAAUAAGUCAGGACUCCUGGAAUCUGAAGACUGGCCAAGAAAGAAAAGCCUAGAAGCUACCUAUCCCUUCUGGAGAGAUGUGACCCCGUCCCUAAUGCUGCAGAGACAUCAUGGGAACUGAAAGAACAUAAAUCUUUGAGUACCUGUCCUUCCGCAGGGUGGAGCAAGCUAGGCCCUUUCAGCAAUGGGCUAGCUCUCUAAGGACAGUCUGUGUCUUAUCUCAGACCUAAUAGCAAGGAGGGGCUAGCAGCAACCCAGUGAGCCCUGGGCUGGGGAGGGCAGGUGGUCUUCUGGGGCCACCCCCCUUUCUGGAGCUUUAGCUUUUGCAAUGCUGACUCUCCACCUCAAGCUCACAAGACGCUUGCACUGGCUCCACCUCCCACUGUGACGGAGGUCACCGGGCUCCUUCCAGGUGGCCUCGCCUACCCUGGAGUCAGAAUCUGCUGAGCACAUUUUCAUUUGCAUUAAACAGCCACAAGCCAGUGUUUUAAAGACAAAGUGACCUUUCAUUUUUCUUUCUUGAAACUUGAGAGGAUGUGAGAUACAUACUACUGAUUUUUUUUUUUUUUUAAAGAAACAAACUAAAUGCAUGGCUGCAGAGUGGCAGAGGUGUAUAUUUUCAUACUGUGGGGGAAAGUGUGCUGCUUUGGGGAGGGGCUGGAACGCCUGGUUCCUGCCCUGUUGAUGGUGGUGAGAUCUGCAGCUGCCCCCUCCUGCCCUGGCUGUGUGCAGAGCUGGAGCCUGUGGACUUUGGCGGUUUCUACCUUCUAUUGAACCACUUUCUAUUGAACCACUUUGAUUUGUGGAGAGAAAAAAGAAAUAGAACUUUUGAUAGUGUGGUAAAAGCAUUGAUCUGAACUAUUUUAGUAAAAGGAGUAACAAAUAAGAUUGUGACAGUGUCUAUUUGAACUAGAUAAUAAAGGCCUCUUUGUGAGCCUGUGA